AUGCAGGUCAAAGAGCCUCCGUUCCUCACCAAGACCAACGACUUUGACGACACCAUGAGCAACGUCGCGGGCACCUCGGGUGGCGCAGGAAGCACAGGGGUGGAGCUUGCCGAGAGCGAGUGGGCUGAGCUCUCUAUUUCGAAUCAGCUGCUGCUGGCCGAGGCGCAUCGGCGUGGGUGGAAGUGUGAGGUGCUGGAGGGAGCAUCGAACAUGGCUGCGGUGUGGCCGCCGGACUCGACGCCGAUUGUGUUCCAGCGGGCGCGGACGGAGCUCGGGUCGGCCAUUGGCCACCGGCUUGCGGAGAACAAGGCUGCGUGCGCGGUGCUCCUGGAGCGGCGCUCGCUGCCUACGGCCAAGUCGCUGCGGUGCGUGCUCCGGUUUGGCGACAUUCCCGAGUCUGAUCUCGAGCGGCUGACGCAGUUUGUGCGGGCGAACCAGCAGGCCGGGUGCGCGACGGUGAUCAAGCCGACGGACGGGGCGCACGGCGAGGGCGUGGUACUCGACAUUGCGCCUCCGCGGGCUAAUGCUGGGUCUGCCGACGAGCCCGAGGGGCUGACCGACGCCGAGGUUGCGGAUCUGACGGCGGCGGCGCGGGUGGCGACGUCGAUGUCGAUGCUCGGCACCAACGCGCGCAAGCCUAUUCCGUUUCUGGCCCAGCGGCAGGCAGUCGGGACCGAGCUGCGGAUUCUGGUCAUUGCCGGCGGAGUGUUUGCGGCGUCGAUGCGGACGGCGCCGGUGGCUGUGGGCGACGGGGAGUCGAGCGUGGCCGACCUUGUGGACGCGCUCAACACGGACCCGACGCGCGGGCCCGGGCACACACACCCGCGGUCGGUCAUCGACGCAGCGGCGGUGUCUGCCUAUCUGGGAAUGGGCGCGCUGGCGCGAGUGCCUGCGGCCGGUGAAAAGGUGCAGCUGCUGGGCAUUUCCAACCUGUCCGCCGGCGGCAACGCGGUCGACGUGACGGACCGGCUGCACCCAGAGAUUAAGCAGAUGUGCGUGGAGGUUGCCGAGGCGCUGAUGCUGGAUCUUGUGGGCAUCGACGUGAUUGUGGCGGAUAUGGAGGCGCCGCUGGCGUCGGCUGGGUGCUGCAUUCUGGAGGCGAACACCUCGCCGGGCUUGCGGAUGCACGCGUUCCCGUCCGAGGGCACGGCGCGCAACGCGGCGCCGUUUAUUCUCGACGCGAUUCUCGCGCGGCGCGAGGCGUCUGCGGCGACGGCGCAUGCGCUGCGGCAAAAGGCGGCAACACGGCGGCAGCUGCGGAUGCUCAUUGUGAUGGACCACGCGACGUCGAAGAAGGCCAACUCGCUGUGGUCGAUGGCGCGGGCGCUGGCGGACCACCCUGCGGCUGAGGGCGUGUUUGUGGCGUCGCGGUUCAACCCGGCGAACACAUCGUUCUUCUACCCGCCGCACGACGCCGAGUCUGUGUGGGUCCACAAGGUCGGGCCCAAGUUUGGGUGGAAGCCGCUGACCGAGGUCAACUUUGCGACGGCGCGGCAGAUGUCGCUUGCAGACUUUGACGUUGUCUUUCCGCGCCUCUCGCGGCCGGUGACGCGGGCGUUCCUCGACGGCAUGGCGCGGAUGGUGGACGAGUGGCGGAUCAUCAACGGGACGACCGACUUUCUGCGGGUGUGCUCCAAAGGCUGGCUGCCCGAGGUGGCCGAGCUCUGCGCGCCGCUGGCGUACUGCAAGACGGUGGCCGAGGUCGAGGCGUUCCGGGCCGAGUACCCGGCGAUUGUGAUCAAGCCUGUGCAAGACGGCGGCGGUAAGGGCAUCACCCGGGUGGCGGCCGACGGACGGGUCUUUGUCGAGCACGACAAGGUCGGUGUGGCGUGGGAGGAGUACGUCGAGAGCCACUUGCGGGGUGUGCUCGACAACGCAAUGCCGACGCCGCGGUCGGACGGAUCUGACCCGGACUACGACCUCUUUCACGGCGUGGUGUGCAUGAAGUUCCUGGAGGGCGUGCGCGAGGGCGACAAGCGGACCGUGGUCAUCGACGGCCGCAUCAUCGCCUCCUCCAUCCGCCUCCCGCAGCAGGGCAACUGGGUGUGCAACGCGUCGAUGGGCGGGACAUCGCAUGUCGCCGCCGCCGACGACGACGAGGUCGAGCUCAUCCGCAAGCUUGACCCGGUCCUCCGCAAGCACAACAUCACGUUUUACGGUAUCGACACCCUCGUCGGCGACGACGGCAAGCGAGUGCUCUCGGAGCUCAACGCGUCCAACGUUGGCGGCCUCGCCCCGAUGGAGGAGGUCUCGGGCGAGCCGGUCGUCGCCCGCGGCAUGCACGCCCUCUGGACCUACAUCGUUCAGCGGGUCUCGGACCACGAGGGCUGGGUUGUGUAG